AUGUAUAGAUAUCCUGUCAGACUAAUUUUGACUAAGUGCUUUUGCUGCAAUUCUAUAACCUGUCAUCCUCCUCCAUACUACAUGGUAAGUGGUGUCAUAAAAUUUCAAAUCACAUGUUUCCCCUGUUCCGUGUAAAGAUGCAUGUGGAAACUCAGAGCCAUUAGUCUCUUCUGCACAUACUGGCCCCGAGCUUUUACUUCAAUGACUCACGAGAGCUCCUGAGCUGCAGAACGACCCAAUUGCUUGUGCAUCUAAUGCUUCAGUCAACAUGCAUCUUACACUUCAGACAGGACCACUUUCGUCAAAGUAUAUUUAUUAAUAAAAACAUACAGUUAAUGUUGGCGGUAUGGUUCUGUUCUGGGCGAACUCCACGCGCCCGUCCAUGCAGCCAUGCCUGGACAUAGAGUGGAGAGCAGCAAAUCAAACCCCCCUGGGGUAACAGAACAGAUCCAGUAAUCAUGCAUCCAUAAAAAUAAUUCACAAUUUAACAUGAGUUGUAGAAAACCUCCAGAUACAUAGAGGAUGAUUGCUAUGGACCUCAAACACCUCAACAGAUAUCGAUUUAAAUAAAUAAAUCCCGGCUAGGAGGAGUUGGGGAUGGAGGAGGGAGUUAGAAGUGGCGUGCAGCCAAGCAAUAGAAGAGAGGCUGAAUGAAUAGGAUUUAAAUAGACCGCUGUAAUAUGUGUCGAAACCAGAUUGGUACACAUCAGGAACAGCUGAUCGUCAGCUGAUGUGAGCUUGACUGACGUGGCCUGCCUGAACUAACGCAAUGCUCAAUUUUUCAGUACUGCCUGCAGAAUACUCUGAUUUUCCUUAAUUAUUCUGAUAUCUGGGCAGAAUAAUUCUCAAAGUCUUUGAAAGGCCUGCAAAUAAUCCUGCUCAAUUGAUUUUAUUUAUUUACAUUUUUAUUUUGAUGUUAUUUAUUUAUAAUCUUUCAGAAAUUUGAUCUCCGUGACAUCAUCAUACUAUUUGCAUGCUAAAGUCCAAUUUGUCUUGUUUCUACAGUUUCUAUUUUUGGGCUUCUUUGAAAAAACAAACAAAACAAAAAAAACACCACGGCUCAAGUUUCUUCCAGGCCAUAUUUCUGGCUCAGGCUUAAUUACUGUAUGAGGAUGGCCACUAGUUGAUGGAGUUGACAGGCUCAAUCAAGUUAUAUUCCCGCUUCCAUUGAACAUUUAAAAAAAAAAAAAAAUUCAAGCCUUGCUUUUGUGGGAUAAAUUGAAAUGUUGUAGAGAAUUCUGUCAAUGUUUUAUGUUGCUAAGGUUAGCUAACUGGUCAACAUAGGUUUGUGUGAAUUGAACAAGAAUGCACAAUUUUUUUCCAAUUAAAACAUGUUUAUGAAUUGGGUUUGUAAAAUAAAAAAAAAUAAAAAAAAUCCUUCCUAUGUGUUUUUUUUUUUUUUUUUUGUACUGGUAUUCACUAUGUUAUGGGAACCAAAUGUAUCCACGAGUAUAAUAACACCAGUAAACUCUGACCUAUAAAAUACAGUUUGUACAGUCAAAAAACCAUGAUGCCUAUGGAAUGUCCCUAUUAUGAUAGGAAUAGUGUGUGAGUUUGUGUGUGUGUUCUGAAUGUGGUACUUUACUUUUAGUACUUAAAUAUAUAAAUCUCUGCAGAUUAGGAUUUAAAAAUAACUGCAGUUUUGCUUAAAAUUCCACAGCAGUAAAAAUCAUUUUGAAAAUCGGAUGGUUUGGUUUUUGUAACCUGCCAGGCUCCAGACAUGAUUUCCAGCAGCAUAAUAGAGAGACCAGCACCAUAGAUCUAACAUCAGUGAAAUCCUCAAGGUUAGCUGGCACUGUGAAUAUCACCAGAAAGCUGCAUUCUGAUUUAAUCAAUACUUGAAAAUGAAUGCACAGAAUGAGCCGUCCCUUCCGUCUUUUUCCUUUUCACAUGCUUUAAUGGAGAAAAGCACAAGAUGUUAUGCAGGAAAUAGGCUUGUGUUUUCAUGAGCAGAUGAUGCACUUUAAUUGCUUGUCCCCAUCGAACCCUUUAAAGUGUAUGAGAGAAAAUGCAACUCAUUGAAGAGGAUUUAAAGUAGAGCUCAGAUGCGGCCGUGAGACUCCCUCGGUUUCAAAUAUGAAUUCAUCGUUUGCAAAGACAUGUACACACAAACACACACUUGCCUAAAGGAACUAUCAUACAUUAUAUUACACAGUUACACAAUAUAUUACACAAUCAACUGUUUUUAAUAAUAUAAGGAAUUGGUCUGCGUUUAUGAAGAAGAUUGAGCAUUCAUGCUUGAAUGUUCAUAAGUAAUGUGGCUUAAAAUAUAGAUUGGUUCAAGUCAAAUGCAAGCUAUGAUGAAAGUGUUAAAGAUAUUUCAAAAUUCAGAUGUGCUUUCCAGGAAAAGAGCCAAAAAAUAGCAGAGGUGUUUAAGGAUUGGAUCACGUGACUAAACGCAAUGUGAAACCCUGUCAUUAAUGUGGCCAAUAGUGCUUUUAAAAAGAAAAAAAAGAAAAAACUUGUGCUUGAUUGAUGUGUGCUUUUACGCUUUACAAUUAUGGAAGUGAAUUAAAUUAGUAAUUUCCUCUCCCUUCAGAUUUUUAAACAAUAUAAGACUGCUUUGUCUGCCAGAAAUUAGGACCUUUGACUAAACAGCACACCACAGUGUAGCUUUUUCUUUACCACUUGGACAUAAAUGUCUGGUAUUUAAACAAGUAUUGAAAGCAAUUAAAUAAUAUGUGUAUAUAUAUUUUAAUAAAACUCGGGGUAUUUUUCAAAUAUUUUCAAAUAUUUUAUACUAACCUGACCACACUGCAAAGUUUUAGGAAUGACAUCUGCAUAUUUAUGCGGAAUUCACACUCGAAAGAGCAAUGGACGAGACAAAAAUAUACGUGAACAUUUUUGUGCAUUGAGGCUAGAGCACACUCACUAAUUUUGAAGCACCCUCAGUAUUUAAUUCUGGAACCAGGCCUGGAUAAAUCUGUGUUUGAACCAUUUUCAUUAUCAGUAGCUUGCAUGAGUUUUAUGUGGCAGUAGGAUAUAAGUAGGAAAAAAAAUCUGAAUAUUUGUUAAUUGCCGCCGUGAAAAUCUCUAUGCAGUUGAAAAUGAAUGCAGAAUCAAAUGAAUGCACACAGGCUUUAUCGAAUACUCAUUGCAUCUGUUAAUUUCAUUUUAUGUGUAGAUUGUUUGGUUUUACCGUAUUGACCCGAAUAUAAGACGAUGUUUUUUCCUUGGAAAUACAUCUGAAAAAACGCGUUCGUCUUAUAUUCAGGGUCUAGACUUUGACAUGUCAGUAAUACACCCACAACAAUAGGUGGCGCCAAAAACGCAUAAAACGAGUGUGCCAUGAAAUAUGUAAUUCAAUGUGUGUUGUAAAGAUCGCGAAUGAAAACAAAUGAAAAAGAAAAGCUUACAGCAGCAUGAUCGUGACUGUCAUGUUAGCCUGAUGGGACCAAACUUCCUCUGUAAGUGAUUUUAAAACAUAAGACAGUACCCAGAUUUGAAGACUACAAUAAGAUUUCACGUCUACUGAUAAUAACAUUUUGGUAGGCUGCUAUGAGUUGGAUAGCCUAAUUGUUAUCGUCGUCUUAUAAUCAGGGUCGUCUUAUAUUCGGGACAAUACGGUAUUUAUUUCAACAGCUCUAAGUAAAAACGUGAUAUGCGACUGGUCAAUGCUAUUUUAUUCAAAACACAACACAUUAUUUACCCACGUUUUGCUUUAGGCAUCCUUUACACAUUUUCCCUGUGUGUUAACGUCAGUAUUUAUGACUGUCAAAUACUUGACUCGUAUUUUUUGCAAUCUGUGUUUCUUGGAAGAGGGAGCUGUUACGGAGGUUGGGCACCCACCGGCAGAAAUAUAAAUCGGCGCCUUUGGUUGAGACCAUCACAAUUUUCAAAAAGCAGCUGAAGACAAACCUCUUCCGUGGGUACAGACUGAAUAACACAUUAUGAAGCAUCACAUGGUAAGAGCUCUUUUGACCUGCUGUGGGCCGAUGUUUGAGCGCUGGAGAGCUCAUAAUUCAGAUGUGCUGUUUUAGUGUUUCAGCCGUGAGCCCCUGCUGCUGAGGACAGAAAGGGCUCUGCUGCAGUUGUGGGGAGAUUCACAUCACAAGAUAAGCAUCAUCUUCCUUGUGAACCAAUCUUACGCAACACUCUGGGGACUGUUUCACACCACACAAAAUCAAUAUUCUCGCCGUUUCAGGAGCCCAAGGCCAGUUCCCUAUCGUCCAGAACAUGACUGUGACAGAAGGAGGAAUAGCCAACUUGACCUGCCGUGUGGAACACAAUGACAACACCUCCCUCCAGUGGUCAAACCCUGCACAACAGACACUCUUCUUUGGGGACAAGAAAGCGCUGAGAGAUAACCGGAUUGAGCUGGUCCGAGCCACGUCGCAGGAGUUGACGAUCAGCAUCAGCGAGGUCACGCUGACAGACGAGGGGAUGUACACCUGCUCCCUCUUCACCAUGCCUGUCAAAACAGCCAAGGCUUUCCUCACCGUCCUGGGUGUGCCUAAGAAACCAGAGAUCAAUGGACUCACCAAGCCUGUGAUGGAGGGAGAUCAAAUCACUCUGACCUGUGUGACCUCUGGCAGCAAACCUGCGGCUGAUGUCCGAUGGUUCAAGAAUGAGAGGGAGAUCAAAGGUGCCAAAGAGGUGAAUGCCAGUGGCAAGACCUUCACAGUGAAGAGUUCCCUGCAGCUCCAGGUGAACCGGCAUGAUGACGGUGUGGCCUACACCUGUAGAGUGGACCACGUGGCCUUAACUGCCACCCAUGAAGAGACGACACAGGUUUUGGAAGUCCACUAUGCUCCCUAUGUAGAGAUCAAACACUCCAUACCAGCCCCACUGGAGGGGCAGUACCUCAAACUGGAAUGUGUACCUCAUGGAAACCCCUCGCCAGACCCAGUACUCUGGACUAAAGACGGAGGAGAGCUGCCAGACCUGGACCGGGUGAUUGUUGAAGGAAGAGAGCUCACCUUCAUGGCACUGAACAAAACAGACAACGGCACCUACCGCUGUGAAGCUACCAAUCACCUUGGCACCAGCCAUGCUGAAUAUAAGCUGGUGGUUAAAGAUGCCCCCACCACAUCGUCACCAUCCACAACUUCCCCUGCACCCAUCCUCCCAGACACUACAGGUCCCUUAGACUCCAAGCAUCUCAAUUCUGCUGUCACCGGUAACAGAGAUCCAAAUGCCCUGCCAGGCCCGCCAGACCACGCUCUGAUUGGUGGAAUUGUCGCUGUUGUCGUCUUUGCUACUUUGUGCUUGAUUAUUGUAUUGGGACGCUACCUGGCACGGCAUAAAGGCACGUAUUUGACAAACGAGGCCAAAGGAGCGGAUGACGCCCCGGACGCAGACACAGCCAUCAUCAAUGCUGACGGCAACCACGCACACGCAGAAGAAAAGAAAGAGUAUUUCAUUUAGACUGCAAGUGGCACUGCGCUCGUCUCUCUCUCUCCUCUCAUUCCUUCCCUCCUUCCUUGCACCGUGUAGGAACUUCUUCAGACAGCAGCGGAAGCUUCUUCUCACCCUUCUAUUCCAUUCAGUUUGUUGUUUUUCAUUUCAGUUUGGAUUUCUUUUGCUUUUUUCGAUAACAGCUCACCUCCUACUUUUUACGAGCAACUUAUUUGCUGAAGAUGUCACCUUUUGUAAUCAUUAAAUAGCCGUAAAACACCCCAAAGUAGUACAAAAAAAAGUCAAAAUCUCCAAAUAUGUAAAAAAAGGAAAAUAAUCUGCAGCCAUUUUUCAGUAAGGACUCACCCUUCAUCCUCUCACAGUGCCUAAAUAUACAGAUGUCCGCUGAGUUUCAGUCAAUGCCUUCAUGUUUGUCAGGCCUCUGAUUGGUUGCUUGCUUUUUAUCUUCAGCGUUAUGAUUUUAAAAAAUGUUUUGUGCUCUGUUACUUUUUUAAAAAAUAAUUUCUACUUUGAUUUUGGUUGUGAUUCAUGCUGAAUCCGUUUAUUGUGAUGUUUCUCCCAAAAAAAAAAUGAUGUACAGUAGUAAAAAUAUACUCAGACUUGAAGUGAGGGAGGUUCCCUUUUUAUUCUACAGAUUUUUAGGUGUUAAUAAUGUCAGUACGUAGCGACGCUCCAUUUUCCAAAUUACCAUUACAUGAUGUGAAACCGACAGCUCACAUAUGGCUAAAAUCAUAUUUUGUACUUGAACUGUAGAUAUUGGUACGUAAAUGAAUAGCUUCACAGAAGGUCUCAGUGUGUUCCACCGAAAAUCACCUUGUAUUUUUAAAUUAGUUUAAACUGUUAGGUUUACCAACACUGGUCACCAAAUAAACCAUAGCAGGCUAGUGAAUUAGCAACCAGGCAAAGAAAGAACAAGCCCAGUUGUGUGUUUGUGUAGUAUGAUGCUGCAUCUUCACUGCUUGGUUCUGCAGCAGUCUGAUUGACAUUUUCAUAACAACAGAUCCAUCCUUUUAGCUGUUUACACAACCGUUGUGCCAAACACAAGAAAUCUCACAACACAGAAAGUGAUAUUUAACAAAAACAAGUAGUGUGCAACAAUUUCGGUGCUCUUAAACCUGCACAUCACUGGUCAGAUAUAUAUAUAUAUAUACAGUUCAUUAAAGAUCCCAAAAUCGUUUUAUGCAAACCUAAACAUUAUAAUAACGUUGAGAGAACGUUGCCCAUGCAUAUCACUCAUUUUACAACGUGAGGUUUAGGCCAAUCAAAAAAUAAGCACAAAUGACUCGCAUCAACUCAUGAAUCAGUCUAAUACAGCAAUCGUGAAGUAAAAAGAACUAACUUUCAUUACCCAAACUGGACAUCAGUACGGUUUACGGUCACUGAAGUCACAGAUUAUGUUAAUGUUUGGAAGUGUUUUUGAAAUUACGGUAUCUUUUUUCCUUUCUUUUGUUGAUUUCUAUGAUGAAUAGACAACCUUGCUAAGGCUGUAUAAUAUAUCUGCUAAAUGUGGUAACUAGUGAAAAUUGUUGUUAGACUUUGGGAUCCCUAAUUCCAUCAAGUUUGUAUAUUAGCUGAUCUAAAUAUUGGUGGGGAAAAAUCGUUAAUUUUUUCAUCUUAUUUGUUAAGAAAAGAUUCUCGACAACUUCAUAACCUUUGCUUUAGCUCAAGGCGUGUAUAUACUGUACAAGUAUCACAUUUUUGGUCAAACAUUUUUGAAGGAAUGUUUUUGUUCGUCUCACUGUAAAUUAUUUAAUUUUGCUUAAUUGAAAACCACUCAAUGAGUUUGACAGCAUUUGUAACAGCAAUGGAAUACUUAAUGAAACGGCAACGCUAUGUGUUUGUUGAACGGGAGACUUUUAAAUCACCUUCACCUGAUGUUCGUUUCCUGUAAAUGAUGACGAUUAGUGUUCAUACAUGCUUUCGCAGUCCGUCUCCGUUCUCACAUAUCAAAGCUUAUAAAACCCACAGAUGGUCAAGCUUUAAAUUUUAUCAUUUUAGUCAUAAUGCACCACAAUAACACAUAUCACUUCCAUAUACAAGUAUGUUACUCAAAUGUAAUUGUCUCGUCACAUGUAUCCCUAAUAUGUGUGAAUAUAUUAAUGGCUAGGAAUAUGGAAUCAUUCGACAGAGUCACUGGGCGGUGUGUUAUCAGUCAGAUUACAUACUUCUUAAGGCCAAACCAUUUAUCAGUGCACAAAAAAACUAUUUAAGCCUUAUGAAAUGAAACAUAACCGCUGACAUGCUACUCAAGCCACGAUUACCUUUAAUUUAUUUCUCUUUUCCUUCUACUUCCUCUCUCUUUAUGCGGAUUGGCUAAAAGCCGUCUGUCUGGCCUAAUAACUGCUAACAAUGUUUGGUACUUGUCUGUCUGAUUGUGACACUGACCUAAUGCUGCCUUUGUGGUCAGUAAAUCACAUGCUAUUACCAAGAAAAUAUAUCCACUUGCUCAGAUUUUGACCCGUUACAGGACAUACUCGACGUUUCUAAGAACAAAUAAAUCAGCUUCUUUUAUCACCAUAAUUGCCUUUGUGUUUGUAGUGGGAGCUUCAUGCUGUUUUGUUUCAGCGAUGACUGGUCACCCAAUGCCUGGUUGUUUCUUUUCCUUCAAACUCGCCUUUAUAAAUUGCAUGUUAUAUUGUCACCUCAUAUUCAUGUUUUUAAUGCACCAACGCAUUUCCAGUUUGAUGUUUUUGUUCAGCUAGUGACUGCAGUGGAAUUUACAAAGGGUUCAUGGUUAAAAUGACGGCCUAAAAUGUUUGGAUUUAAAGCUUUGGAUAAAAGCUGGGGUUUAUUCUGUCAAUCAGUGUUUUAAUUUCCCAUUUGAAUCCCUAGUAUAUUUACUAUAGCUGGUAUGGAAAGAUUGUGAUUAUGAAAAUACAGACUGUACAAGCUAUACUGAAAUCAGUUACAUGUGUGUUAAUUUGAAUUGGUCACUUAUGAGAUUCUUAUCUCAUAAUUGGUCACUUAUGAGAAGAGUAAUGAUGCUCCCUGUAGGUUUUAGAACAGAGCUCAAAUUUUUUCAGUUAGAUUUAUAUUUUUGAGAGCCUGCAAGUGACAAUUCAUCUACAACUGCUGUUUCACUAUGUUGUGACUACAGACAUGAUCUGGAAGAAGAAGAAGAAAAAAGUUCCAUAUUUUUUAUUGGGUUAUUUCUCCUCCUGACAGACUAUAAAAAUAUAGAUUAAUUAACAGGCAGAUUUUGUUGGCAGAAUAAUGAAAUCCUCCCUAAAAUGCACCAUUUAUGAUCACAGUGAAAUGUGAAAAAGUAAAAUGCAUUCACUCUCAUCAACUUUCAUUUACUGAAGAGGUUUAGAGUUCGGAAUAUUUCAUUCACUGAAAUAAAAGCAUUUGUGUAUUAAAAACAUCUAGCAAAGAGUCUUUUUAACAAACUGGCCAGAACAGAAACUGUAACACUGUUAAUCAAAAAUGUUAAUUUAUGUCACCAGUUACAUUAUUUUAAGCCGCUGCAUUUUUUUUGCAUCUCAGGUAUGAAGCGUUUUUUCUUUCUACUUUAACACAUACAGGUACCUCAUACCAAUUAAUUUCUGUUUGCUCAAUCAUGCUGUGUUUAAAACAUCAUUAUAAUCACACUAAUAUCUUAAAUGUUUAUUUAAUGCUCAUGCCAGUGUGUGUAUAUAUAUAUGCUUGUUUCCAAUUCAUAUCACACAAGCUGUAUAUUGUUUAAACACAUCAGCAUAAUAAAGCAAAGCUGUAACGAUCCAUUGCGAAAUUUAGACCAGAAAAGAUGCACUCUAAUUUAGCUUGUAAAUGUGUUACACUAAGAGGGCAGUUGUCAUAGUACGGACACGCUACAAGUAGGUCAAGAUCAAAUAGUUUGAAGGAAACGCUGUUUUCACAGUUUUUCGCAUGACCUUGCUAGAAUUAGCUGCACUGACAACAACAACACGAAACACACAGUUCCAGAAACGUCUGUAGUUAAAAUGUAAAAGACAAACAGACAAACGCUACUUAAAUUUCACCAUGUUCCUCUCACGUUGUAAAACUCUUCUGCGUGCCAGUGAAGCAGAUGUAGUGGGUAGCAUACUGUGCACUGGUAGAUCGAGUACCUGGUUUUUACGCAAAACGGCCUCCCUAGCUCUUGAAACGAUAGUGGCUUCAGAACACGAAGGGUUUGUGCUUCUUGUAGCAAGCUGAAAUGAAAACGCCUCAUUUGGUUUCUUUUCUUUUUUUUUUAUGUGUUCCUUGGUGUAUUCAUUUGGUUCGAAAUUCGAUUUUAAGCCUAAUUCACAUGUAUGGAAUGAAAUUGUUAAAUAAAUAAAUGCCAAAAUUUCCUGUCUGAUCUUCUUACUGUCUAAACACAACACAGUUCAUCUGGAUUUUCUCCAUUGGUUUCUACUGUCUGUCCAUAUACAGUAUCUGCACAACCACAGCAAGAUCAACCACCCAGAACAAGCAUCCAUUUAGAACAACCAAACAAUUACCUGCUUAGCAACACCCUAGUAACAAACCACCACACACAACACAC